UCCGUGUGGAGUAGGUGGGCGUUCCCCUGCGCAACACAGCGCUGCUGGAACUAAGCGGAAUCUCCUCACUUCUCUCAGAUACUUUCAGCUUAUGCUCUGCUCGACGCUUUAGUGAAAUGCUUCAGCUGAACGACAGUGUAGAUCCAGAGAGCCCGGGUGCGGCUGUCUUACACCCGGGGGACUGUGAUGAUGGGCUGGAGGUGGUGGCCCGAGCUGGAGCUUCAGUGGCCUGCUGUACCCCGCUUCAGACCCUCACGCCUUUCCAUGUUCACAACCCAACCAUGCGAGCUAAAGUCAAAGACUACUUCGUCUUUAGGCCAGGAACCAUAGAGCAGGCAGUCAAUGAUAUCCGCACAGUUGCCUUGCCUUCAGAAGACGGAGAGGUUCUUAGUGUGUGGCUGCUCGCAGAAAUUGAUUACUGGAAUAAUGAAAAGGAAAGAUUGGUUCUUAUAACAGAGAGGUCUUUGUUGGUGUGCAAAUAUGACUUCAUAAACCUCCAGUGUCACCAGGUCAUCAGAAUUUCCUUGAACGCUGUGGACACAAUCUCUGUCGGCGAGUUUGAGUUUCCUCCAAAAUCACUCAACAAGAGAGAGGGAACGGGAAUCCGUGUCCAGUGGGAUAAGCGACCAAGACCUUCGUUCAUAAAUCGCUGGAACCCCUGGUCCACUGACAUACCCUUCGCCACCUUCACUAAACACCCCAUGGCACAUGCAGAUGAAAAGGUGGCUUCCCUUUGCCAGGUAAAUGCGUUUUUUUGUAUGUGUGAAACAGGCGUUAGCAGAAUUACUGGACUCGUGGCCUCGGGAGUCAUUCUGGCUGAGUCGGACUUUUACGUUUCCGUUGGCUGCAUGAACCUAUCAAUGUUGAGAAAGAAAUCACAUCACUAG